UGAAAUGAGGUAACAAAGUAUUUUUGAUUAGGUAGAAGUGUUUUUUUCUUAUAAAUGUAGACUUUUAUAAGAGUAGAAUUUGCAUGCUGACAAACUGAAAGUAUAUCAUUAUAUUAAAAUGGUCAGUGAGAAAAUAAUUUGUAUUCUUAGGUUGUAAGUCAGGAUACAGACAUGCUUAAAAAUUUAAUUUGUCUGACAUUUAUAAACAGUAGGUUUUAAUUGAAACAUUGUCAAGUCUUGUUCAGUUUGAAUAAUGAUGAAUAAAGCUAUAUUUUAACUUUCUACAAUAAUCUGGAGAGAAUGAUUCCCAAUUUGUAUCAAUUCAAGCUAGUCAGGGAUAGUAAAAAUAAUUAGCUCUAUAAAAUAGAAUGGCAGAAGUAUUCAGCACAGAUAAAAUGGAGGCAGGAUCCAUGUAUCAUGUUCUUAGAGCCUGUCUGUCAGCUCCAGGAGCAUGAGAGAAACAUCUUAAAGUAUGAGUUAGGAGAUCAGAAAUUGAAAAUCUAUGGAGACUGUUCUUGAAUUGUAAGAAUUAUUCCUUCCUGGUCAGACAGAAUAAAUGACAUGUCAAGAAAUGUCUUCUAAAGUUACCUUCAAACUGAAAUUUGUCUGUCAUUUCAGAUUAUUCAUAUGCGUCUACUCAAAUGUAACUUUAUCACAUCAAUGCUGAUCUGAAAGCCUGUCUGGAUAUUGUUGCUAGUUUACGGUAUCAACUUUAAUGUGCCAUGUUCCUAGUACCAGCAUCAAUGUUUGCUUUUUAUUCGAAAUACAAAUUGUACCAUGGUUGAGAUUUUCUUGAGUAUACCUGAGUUUUCUAAGCAUGGGAAGAAGCUUUUAUGCAGAAAUAGGGAAGGAUUUGGCUCACUUGAUAUGCAGUUUGUCAGAAGAAUUUCCAUUUAGAGUUUUGUCUUAUAAUAUGUUUGGAAACUCUUAUAUAUGCAGAAUGUAGGAGUAAAUUGAACUGCACAGCAUACUAUCAGGGUCAUCUUGCUUUACACAUUAUGGAAGUAAUGAUGAAAGUGACUUCUAUUACUUUAACCACAUAAGAUGAUCUUUAAAUUUAAAAUAGAGCUUUAAUUCUUAGGAAAUUUGAAAUAAUUUUUCUAGUCAUACAAGCUUUUAAAGUUCAUGAAUGUAAGGUGUAUUGUUUCAAGGUAGAUGUUUUCACAUACAGAUGUCUUACCAGAUAUUUUUCAAUGAGCAAAUAUUUCAUAUUUUAUUAAUAGAUUUUCUAUUAUUUAUUUUAGUGAUUUUGUUCUGCUGAAUGAAAAAUUUUCAUUACUGACUGGCCAUCUUGGUAUUAAAAUCAUUUCAGUUGGUAGCAAGACUAUUUUUCAAAAAAAUCUUUCUUCUGAUUUCCAGAUCAAUUUUAAGAGGAACAUCUUAAAUUAUACAGAUCAACUCUAUAUCUGAGUGUGUGAAACUGAUAGAUUCUGAAACAUCAUGAAAUCUGAGUUGCAUUGUUAAACAGUAACAUUAGAGGAGUGGCUUCAAUUGACUGGAGUACAAAGUUGAGGAAUGUUUAUUCAGAGGCAGGAAGACCAUGAAGUAUAAAGCCCAUGUUUGCUCCUAUGAUUUGUAUUUAUGUAUAUAAUUAGGAAAUUAUUGUUAUUGUUGUUUCCCUUAGAAUUUCAUGUAAUGUACUAAACCUCAUCUCAGUGAUUCUGAACAACACUGAGAAGAUGUAGGGACCUGAAUUGCAACAUAAAACCAGAAGCAGGAGCAAGCUUGAGACAUGUAAGGAAGGUGUUUUUAUAAUCUUGUUAUGUCUCUGAGCCUCGAUUUCCUUUUUAGUAACAAGAGGUAAUACUACUUUCUUGCUUAUGUCAUGAGGUUGUUGUAAGAAUUACUGGUCUCUGAAAACGUUUGAAAGAUAGAAAAGGACCACAGAAAUGUAAGAUGGUAUAGUUGUACAAAUAAGGAUAAUGUAUAUUUCAUAUACUUUAAUGAAAAGAAAUUGUAUUUGUUCUGGGAUGACUUUGACCUAGAACUUUGGUACCAUCUGCUACUAAUUUCCCCCAUGGUCUAGUAUAGCCUACAUGCCAGCAGUGUGCAUGCUGUGUACGAAUGCCUGAUGGAAGGGCAGAUGUCAUCAUAAGAGCGAGUCCUGGAUUUCUAGAGCAGGAAUAAACCAUAGCAAUCUCAUUCUUUUAUAAGAAGAAAAAAUAGUCCUAGGGAGGCUGCAUCAUUUUCUCGAAGAUGUGGAACAGAUCUAUGGCUGGAAUUGAGCCAUCCAAUUCCCAUAUCAUGAGAACUGUACCUACCCUUCUCAAUCGUACAGAUUUUUUUUUCUUUUAGAAGUUGCUACAUUUAGAUAUUUGUGAUUUUGCUCAUGCUAUGUCAUUUGAAUCCUUUGUACAAGGCUGAUUUUUUUUUUUUUUUAGGGAAGGAAAAUCAAGAGCUUCUUGUGGAAUUCUCAACUGUUAAUCAUUAAUGGGUACAGUUAAUAGAGAUAGACUGAGUGCUUUAUCUACAAGGUGCUGGCUGGGGAUAUGAAGAUGAAUAAAAGAACUUACCUCUCUUCUAGUAACUUCUGGUAUAGUGCACAAACAUGCUUAUAUUACUGUAAUAACAGUAAUACUGUAAUAGAGGAACAUUCCAGUGGUACCUGAGUAUGGAGAAGUCAGCAAAGGAUUUCUGGAGGUGACAUUUGAACUGAGCCUUGAAAUAUGAUGAGGAUGAUGUCAGGUGGAUAAGCAAGGGUUGAAGCUGAAGGAGUAGCAAGCACCAGGUGUUAUAAUAAGGACCUGGUAAUCCAGGUUAAGACAUUUAGACAUUAUUACAAAAAAAAAAAAAAAAAAAAAAGCAACAGAAAGUUUUAAGCUGGGGAGAGAUUAAUCAGAUUUGAGUUUUAGAAAGAUCUCUCUGACAACAGUUUGGAGACUGAUGGUGGAACGGGUGAGGCUGGAGCACUGGAGACCAGAAAGCUGUUGCAGUAAAUAGUUGAGGAAACAAUGGUCUCUAUUCACGUUUCUUAGCUAAGAUGGUCCUUCAUAAGAAAACAUUAGACUCUCAAGUCCACAUUAGUGUCCUUUGCCACUGAUCAAAGCUGCUGUAGAAUUCGUAACUGCUGCUUUUUCUGCAUACACUUGUUAAUUCAGUCACUGCCUUGUAUUUGGGAUAAACUAGUUACAAGAAAGUCAUUGCCUGAUAAGAAAUUUAACAUUUCUGUCCUUACUAGGGUCAUGACCUCUUGUCCACUAGACAAAAUGGUGCCUAAUUAUGAGUAUCCUGUUCUUUUAUGGCAAACAAAAAAUCAUUUCUCCAAGAAGUUAGAGAACCCCUCCUCAACCUUUCCUAGGUUGCAGGAAUUUGGUUUGAAUGUUGUCAUAUUGCUUGCAUAAUCAGUCCAAAUAUAACAUUAGGGCAGGAAGGUCUGUGGCCAUUUCCUGGUGUUUCACGUUGUGGAAUAUAGCUGUUUCCCUAUUUAAUGAAGAAGGUGAUACCCAUAAUGCUGUGUGCUUUAGUCUGUUCUACAGAGCUGUUAGUUUGUUUCUGAACUAUCUGUGAGGGCAAGUUCUCCCUUAUUGUUCUCAGUCAAAAAUUUUUGGCUCUUUUCAUGUAUUGUUAUUCCAGAUAAAUGUUAGAACUGCCUGUCUAGUUCCAGAAGUCACUUAGUUGUGGUUUUAGUUGAAAUUACAUUGCAUUUAUAGAUUAACUCAAGAGAACUGCCAACUUUAAGUCAUUGAUUCCUCCUUUCAGGAACAUAGUAGGAUUCAUCAUAUUUUAGGUUUUCUCUUAGGUCCUUCUCUUACAUCAGUCAAGAUUUAGAGCUUUCUUCAUAUAGGUUGUUCACAUUUCUUGGUAGGUUUAUUUUUAUGAUUUUAGUUGGUAUUGUGAAUAGACUCUUUUUCGAUUACACCUUCUUAAUUUAAAAGGUUGAAAAAUUUAAACACAGUAUUAUAGAACUAUUAACAAAAAACAUAGUUUUUUUCCUCAGCCCUCUUUGCCUCUUUCCAAAUAAAUUACUUUUAACUCUUUUACUUUCCUUUUUGUAGGGUUUUAGUGUUACUUUUAUAUCUCCAACUGAUGCACUUACACUGCCACUUAUUGAUUUCUCAACUUUUGAUAUUAAUUAUUGAUUUUCUUCUAUGAUAGAUGAGAAGUAGCUCACUUAUAUUGCCCCAUGUCCUCUUUGGUUACUCUAUUGGUUAUCCCCGUAUCUUUAACAAUUCACUUACAUUUUGGUUUCCUGCUCUGCCAGCUGGACUACUCUACCUAGUGACCAUCACUCUCCCUUUGCCAAACCUUUGCCUCUUUUCUCCCUCCUAACUUCUCUUAGUAUAAUCAUUUUUUCAUUCUUUUUCUGUACUCAUAAUUACUCCUCCUAUGUUUUGAUCAUAGAUUGACUUUAACAGUUUAAUAUCAAUAAACAAGAUUCACAUUACUGUGACUACUUACAUUUACAUUAUUGUGACUAUAUAAAUGCUCAUCAGAGCAAAGUAACCACCUAAGUUAUUUCAAUUAGGGUUACUGCUUCGGAACAUAGCAUCAGAGGAAAAGGACAGAUUCUAGAGUUUUCUAUAGCAAAUGACGGGAUCAAAUUCAUUAGAAAAAAAUCGAGUACCUAACACUAAUUUUGACAACUAGCCAUCUUCAUCAUAACUCUAUGAAGUGCAUAUAGUUAUCUUCAUUUUAAAGGCAAGGAAUCUGAGGUGCAUAGAGAGAAAAGAACUUGCUCUAGGUCAGCUGUAACUGGUAGAGCUGACAUUUGAAUCCUGCUGGCUGACUUUGGAACCUGGACUUGCAGCUCUGUUCUCUCUCUUAGAAAUGUUAUUACUUUGUUAGAGGUGGUAAGAUACAUAGGCAGGAAGCAAUCGAUUGCUUGUUUUUGUAAAAGGUUCUCUGCUUGUAUGAAAACAUCUCAGUUUAACAUCUCCUCCUUUGUGCAUUUGCCUUUCCCCAGCCGACAGGUUGGCCUGAUGUUCCUUGGAAUGAAUGGGCCUGCAAAUACGUACUUCCUGAGUGCGAAAUGGAAAGGGGAACAGUAUGUUGAAAGAUGCAUGAGUGUGAUGCAGUCCGGGACACAGAUGAUCAAGCUGAAACGUGGAAGCAAAGGGCUUGUUCGCCUCUUUUACCUGGAUGAGCACCGGACGCGCCUCCGAUGGCGACCCUCCAGGAAGAGCGAGAAGGCGAAAAUACUUAUUGAUUCCAUUUACAAAGUGACUGAGGGCCGGCAGUCUGAAAUAUUCCACAGACAAGCUGAGGGGAACUUCGACCCCAGCUGCUGCUUCACCAUCUACCAUGGCAACCACAUGGAGUCCCUGGACCUCAUCACCUCCAACCCCGAGGAGGCCCGCACCUGGAUCACAGGCCUCAAGUACCUGAUGGCUGGCAUCAGUGAUGAAGACUCCCUUGCCAAAAGGCAGAGGACCCAUGACCAAUGGGUGAAGCAGACCUUUGAGGAGGCUGAUAAAAAUGGUGAUGGCUUGUUGAAUAUUGAAGAGAUACAUCAGCUGAUGCAUAAACUGAAUGUUAAUCUGCCCCGAAGAAAAGUCAGACAAAUGUUUCAGGAAGCUGACACAGAUGAGAAUCAGGGAACUUUGACAUUUGAAGAGUUCUGUGUUUUUUACAAAAUGAUGUCUUUGAGACGAGACCUUUAUUUGUUGCUUUUGAGCUACAGUGAUAAGAAAGAUCACCUAACUGUGGAAGAACUGGCUCAAUUUUUGAAGGUGGAGCAAAAGAUGAAUAAUGUGACAACGGACUAUUGUCUUGACAUCAUAAAGAAGUUUGAAGUUUCAGAAGAAAAUAAGGUGAAAAAUGUUCUUGGCAUAGAAGGCUUCACAAACUUCAUGCGUAGUCCUGCCUGUGACAUAUUUAACCCAUUGCACCAUGAAGUGUAUCAAGACAUGGAUCAGCCCCUCUGCAACUACUACAUUGCUUCCUCUCACAAUACAUACCUGACUGGGGACCAGCUCCUUUCUCAGUCCAAAGUGGAUAUGUAUGCACGGGUGCUGCAAGAGGGCUGUCGCUGCGUGGAAGUUGACUGUUGGGAUGGCCCGGAUGGAGAGCCAGUAGUACAUCAUGGUUACACUCUCACUUCAAAAAUUCUCUUCAGAGAUGUUGUGGAGACCAUCAACAAGCACGCCUUUGUGAAGAAUGAGUUUCCGGUUAUAUUGUCUAUCGAGAAUCACUGCAGUCUCCAGCAGCAAAGGAAGAUUGCUCAGUACCUGAAAGGAAUAUUCCGAGACAAACUGGACCUGUCAUCUGUUGAUACAGGGGAGUGCAAGCAGCUUCCAAGCCCUCAAAGUUUGAAAGGCAAAAUUCUAGUGAAGGGUAAGAAGUUGCCUUAUCAUCUUGGGGAUGAUGCAGAGGAAGGGGAAGUUUCCGAUGAGGACAGUGCAGAUGAAAUUGAAGACGAGUGCAAAUUCAAGCUCCAUUAUCUGCAGCGUCCUUCCUCGCCCACUGGCCCAGAGAACAAAAGACCAAGAUACCUAUGGCUUUCAGCUGUGGUCCCUGCUGCAGCUGCAUGGUGCCUGAAUAAUGGGACCACUGAGCAUCAGGUGGAAUCUUUCAUAAGGAAAAAACUGGAGUCACUGUUAAAAGAAUCUCAAAUUCGAGAUAAAGAAGAUCCUGAUAGUUUCACAGUGAGGGCACUAUUGAAGGCCACGCAUGAAGGCUUAAAUGCACACCUGAAGCAGAGUCCAGAUGUAAAGGAAAGUGGAAAGAAAUCACAUGGACGAUCGCUCAUGACCAACUUCGGAAAACAUAAGAAAACUACAAAAUCACGGUCUAAAUCUUACAGUACUGAUGAUGAGGAAGACACACAGCAGAAUACUGUCAAGGAGGGUGGCCAGCUGUACAGAUUGGGUCGCCGAAGGAAAACCAUGAAACUCUGCCGAGAACUCUCUGAUUUGGUUGUGUACACAAACUCCGUGGCCGCUCAGGACAUUGUGGAUGACGGAACCACAGGAAAUGUGUUAUCAUUCAGUGAAACAAGAGCACAUCAGGUUGUUCAGCAAAAAUCAGAGCAGUUCAUGAUUUAUAAUCAAAAGCAACUCACGAGGAUUUACCCCUCUGCCUACCGCAUUGAUUCCAGUAACUUCAACCCGCUCCCCUACUGGAACGCAGGCUGCCAGCUAGUGGCACUGAAUUAUCAAUCCGAAGGACGAAUGAUGCAGUUAAACCGAGCCAAAUUCAAGACAAAUGGCAACUGUGGCUACGUCCUCAAACCCCAGCAAAUGUGCAAAGGUACUUUCAAUCCUUUCUCUGGUGACCCUCUUCCUGCCAACCCCAAAAAGCAGCUCAUCCUAAAAGUUAUCAGUGGACAGCAACUCCCCAAACCUCCAGACUCCAUGUUUGGAGAUCGAGGCGAGAUCAUUGACCCUUUUGUUGAAGUUGAAAUUAUUGGAUUGCCGGUAGAUUGUUGUAAAGAUCAAACCCGUGUGGUAGAUGACAAUGGAUUUAACCCUGUGUGGGAAGAAACGCUGACAUUUACAGUACACAUGCCAGAAAUAGCUUUGGUUCGGUUCCUCGUGUGGGAUCAUGAUCCCAUUGGACGAGACUUUGUUGGGCAAAGAACCGUCACCUUCAGCAGCUUAGUGCCUGGCUACCGGCAUGUCUAUUUGGAAGGACUGACAGAAGCAUCCAUAUUUGUACACAUAACCAUCAAUGAAAUCUAUGGAAAGUGGAGCCCUUUAAUACUCAAUCCCAGUUAUACUAUAUUGCACUUUCUAGGAGCUACAAAGAAUAGACAACUCCAGGGUCUGAAGGGACUGUUCAAUAAGAAUCCUAGGCACAGUUCUGCAGAAAACAAUUCCCAUUAUGUACGGAAACGAUCGAUUGGAGAUAGAAUUCUGCGACGCACAGCCAGCGCCCCGGCCAAAGGCAGGAAAAAGAGCAAAAUGGGCUUCCAAGAAAUGGUGGAGAUAAAGGAUUCAGUGUCCGAGGCCACAAGAGACCAAGAUGGCGUGCUGAGGAGGACCACACGCAGUUUGCAAGCACGUCCUGUCUCCAUGCCUGUUGACAGAAACCUUCUGGGAGCUUUGUCGCUGCCUGUAUCUGAAACAGCAAAAGACAUUGAAGGAAAAGAAAACUCUCUGGAAGAUAAAGAUGGCAGAAGAAAAGGGAAAGCAAGUAUAAAAGAUCCACAUUUUCUAAAUUUCAACAAAAAGUUAUCGUCCUCCUCCAGUGCUCUUCUCCACAAAGAUAUCAUCCAAGGGGACGCCAUUGUAUCUACUGCCGACAUGUCAGUCACAGGAGAACAGCUGGGCAUGUCAAGUCCUAGGGGUGGGAGAACCACAUCAAAUGCCACAAGUAAUUGCCAGGAAAACCCCUGUCCCAGCAAGUCUCUCUCCCCAAGGCAGCAUUUGGCUCCUGAUCCUGUAGUUAACCCCACACAAGAUCUACAUGGUGUGAAAAUCAAGGAAAAGGGGAAUGCUGAGGGCUUUGUGGAAGGGAAAAGCAUCUUGUCAGGAAGUAUCCUUUCUCAUAGCAACCUAGAAAUUAAGGACCUGGAAGGUAAUAGGGGUAAGGGCCGAGCUGCAACAUCCUUUUCUUUGUCAGAUGUUUCCAUGCUGUGUUCUGACAUACCUGACCUACAUUCAACUGCAAUUCUGCAGGAGAGUGAAAUUUCCCAUCUUAUUGACAAUGUCACUUUAACAAAUGAGAAUGAGCCAGGCAGUUCCAUCUCAGCCCUGAUUGGCCAGUUUGAUGAGACCAAUGAUCAGGCUCUCACAGUUGUUUCUCAUCUUCAUAAUACCAGUGUGAUGUCAGGCCAUUGUCCCUUGCCUAGCGUGGGCCUAAAAAUGCCCAUCAAGCAUGGUUUUUCCAAGGGAAAAUCCAAGUCUUCCUUCCUGUGCUCAUCUCCGGAGCUGAUAGCACUCUCGAGUCCUGAGACCGCCAAACAUGCAACGAACACAGUUUAUGAAACUACCUGCACUCCCAUCUCUAAAACCAAACCAGAUGAUGACCUUUCUAGCAAGGCCAAGACAGGGGCUGUAGAAAGCAACCUUCCUGGGUCCCCUAAUACUUCUCAUGACUGGUUACCAAAAGGUCCUACCAAGGGAGAAGACUGGGAAACACUGAAGAGCUGCAGCCCUGCCUCUUCCCCUGAUGUGACCCUGGAGGAUGUAAUAGCUGAUCCCACUCUCUGCUUCAAUUCUGGGGAGAGCAGCCUUGUGGAAAUUGAUGGAGAAUCAGAAAAUCUUUCUCUAACAACCUGUGAACAUAGGAGAGAGAGCACAAGUCAACUUGCUUCUCCUUUAAAACUCAAGUAUAGUCAGGGUGUGGUAGAACACUUUCAAAGAGGUUUGAGAAAUGGCUACUGUAAAGAGACCCACCACCCUUCUGUCCCUGAAAUAUUCAACAGUAUUCAAGAUGUCAAAACUCAAAGUAUUUCUUAUCUAGCCUAUCAGGGUGCUGGCUUUGUGCAUAACCAUUUCUCAGAUUCAGAUGCAAAAAUGUUCCAGACCUGUGUGCCCCAGCAGUCUAGUGCUCAAGAUAUGCAUGUUCCUGUACCCAAGCAGUUGGCACAUCUUCCUUUGCCUGCUCUGAAAUUGCCCAGUCCUUGCAAAUCCAAAAGUCUGGGGGACUUAACAUCAGAGGACAUUGCCUGCAAUUUUGAGAGCAAGUACCAGUGUAUUAGUAAGAGUUUUAUUACAACUGGCAUUAAAGACAAGAAGGGUGUGACUGUGAAGAAAAAGUCAUUAGAGCCUAUAGAUGCCCUGACUGAGCAGCUUCGGAAGCUUGUGUCCUUUGACCAGGAAGACAGCUGCCAAGUAAUAUAUUCAAAGCAGGAUGCCAAUCAGCUCCCCCGGGCACUAGUCAGGAAGUUGUCAUCCAGAAGUCAGAGCAGAGUGCGCAAUAUUGCUAGCCGUGCCAAGGAGAAACAGGAAGCCAACAAGCAGAAAGUUCCAAACCCCAGCAAUGGGGCAGGCGUGGUUCUUAGAAACAAACCCUCAGCACCCACCCCUGCAGUGAAUCGCCACUCCACCGGCUCCUACAUCGCAGGCUACCUGAAGAACACGAAAGGGGGUGGCCUUGAAGGCCGGGGCAUCCCGGAGGGGGCAUGCACAGCUCUUCACUAUGGCCAUGUUGACCAGUUGUGUUCAGAUAAUUCUGUUUUGCAGACUGAGCCAAGCAGUGAUGAUAAACCAGAAAUUUAUUUUCUUUUGAGACUGUGAAUUAUAUAAAACUGCAUUCUUAAGGUUUACAAGGUGUUCUGUAGAAUGUCAGAGUUUUCAGUAAAUAAGUUCCUUGGCUUUGGAAUGAUUUUCAAAUGUAUUUUUAAACUUGUAUUUGGGUCUCCUUUUGACUUCAUGUGUUCUCCCUGUUAAUGCGUUUGUACAUAGAUUUAGUGAUGUUUCCCAUGUACCUAUUACGAUCUUUCUCCCUUGAGGUGUUGUAAACUAUUAUCAGUAUGAAAUAUGUGCAUGCCCUAGAUGUGAAACUCCUCAGCAGCUCGGGUUAUAAUGUGUGUGUAUUUCACCAAGAUGUCCUUUACUGUGUCCUCAGAUUGCGUCACAAAUGUAGUCAUUUUUACUCUCUAUCUGUUGAGUUGAUUAAGAGACUUUGCAAAUGACAAAGGGAUGAAUUCCUUACUUUAAUCUGUUAUCAUUUUUCCUAUGUUUCCCUCUUUGUUGAGAAGCCCAGAUGCAUUUUUAUAACUCAGUUUUAAAAACUUUAAAAUAGUUACCUUGCCUUUUAGGAUGUUCUUAUCCCACCCAUAAAGAGAGUUUAAAGGGGAUGGAUAGCUGCUCCCCAUGCCCUCCCCACUUUUUGGAAUAGGCUGUGAGGGUGUGAGGAAGAAGGCCGUCUUUUGUAUAUAAGGACAAAAUUGUUUGUUUUACAUAAAUUUUGUUACAUAUUUUUGCUAAUGGCUUUGUAUGUAACAAGAAGCCAGUUGCCAAACUACUUGUACUUUUGAAUUUUCUGAUUGAAUGACAGACUGCGAACAAUGGCUUUCAGAAUGAGGGACUUCCAUCAGACGCUAAUGAUAAUAGUAGCACAAACUGAAAACUUCCCCAAAGCUUUCAAAGAAUAUUUUCUCAUAAUAAAAUCCGAGUGAAUAGAUAAUUAGAAGAAACCUUUUUCCUUCAGGGAACCAAGCAACUCUAUUUUAGUACUGACAUGCAUUAUUUUCACUGUGAAUUCACUUUUUUAUUGCAUGUCCAGAUGUCCCUCUUUGUUUUUUUUUUUUGUAACAUUAACUGCAAUGAUGUUCUUCCUGGAAUUCAUGAAAAUAUAAUUAAAACACAUUUUUAAACA